AUGUCGGAUACAGAGAUGGCACAGGCGCCUCCGCGAGAGGAGGAGGACCUGUUUGGAGACGAGGCAUCGAAUGACGGUGCACACGCUUCUGACGAAGACCGCAUGGAUGAAGAAAAGGCCGCGCUGGAGUACUACGAGGACGAUGCAUCUGCGUCGGCGCCGGUAAUGGAGGAGCGGACAGCGUGGGUCAACGUGCCGCAACUCCCGAUGCGGCGGACCAAGGAGACACUGCUGGCACGUCUGCCGAAUUUUGUGAGAUACAAAGACAGGCCCUUUGAUCCUGCGUCAUGGGACGAGCGCGAUGACGACGCCGAUGACGACGCCGAGGAAGUGGGCGACAAGCACGCGCGCAGUGUCUUGCGCACCAUGUCAACCAUACGGUGGCGCUGGCAGGAUGCAGGUCCUAGCAGCUAUACGCCCCAAAGCAAUGCGCGUAUCGUCCGUUGGAGCGACGGCAGCGAGUCACUGCAGAUCGGCAGCGAGUUCCUUGAUGUGACGCGGCAUGCCGAGCCAAGCACUCAGGGCAUGCCACUUACGUAUAUCUAUGUGCCACACCCCGAGGAAGGCUUGUUGGAGGCUGAGUGUGCCGUGCGCACCUCUCUUACCUUCAAGCCCAACGUCCAUUCAGAGACGCACAGCAAAAUUGCCAGCGCCAUUCGACACCAGCGCGGCAUGCGUGUCGUGGCAUCUACCGACGCCUUCAGCGACGUGGAUCCUGAGCGUGAGAAAGAGCGCAUCGAACGCCAGCUGAAAGACGCGGAGAAGCGCAAGCAACGCGAACGCAUGAAGGCGCAGCGUGAGUCGAAUGACUUUGAUGGCGACUUGGACCUCGGCACGCGGCGCCACGGCGUUCGGGGUCGUGCGUCUCGGAGUCAUGUCACCGAGUGGUCCGAUGAUGACGAGGGACCUGCAGCGCAUGCAUACGACUAUGAAGACGAAGACGACGGCUUCAUUGUACACGAUGAAGAGGACGGAGACGAGCCUGAGGCGGACGACGACGACGUGGACCGUGCCGACCGCGAUAUCGAAGCUCACGAGCGCCGGCGACGAGAAGAGCAUCACCAAGAGGGCGAGCAUACAGAAUAG